UAUACACAUGUGGUAAACCACACAUACUCAGGAACAUGUGACACGAUCACAUUCGUUACACUUACUUAAUAAGAGAUAACAUUUCAAACUUAUUGUGUUCAUGGACCAUAGUCAGGUGCUGUCGGAUAAUGUAAACUUAAAUGAAGAACAGAUUUAUCAAAUGAAAUGGCAGAAAUGACGACGAAGUCUGUCAACACAGAUAGAAGAAAUGAUAACGACACCACAGCCUCGACAUAUUUCGAUGAACGGGUAGCUGUUCCACAACCGGAUGGUACCCGCUUCAGUUUUCGUAAGUUAUGGGCGUUUACAGGACCUGGCUUUUUGAUGAGUAUUGCCUACUUGGACCCAGGAAAUAUUGAAUCUGACUUGGGAGCUGGUGCCAGCGCCCAAUUUAAGUUGCUAUGGGUAUUGAUGCUGUCGACCGUCCUGGGACUCUUGAUGCAGAGGCUGGCUGCAAGACUUGGGGUGGUGACAGGAUUACAUCUGGCCGAAAUAGCCUUCAAACGCUAUCCCAAAGUACCUCGUGUUACUCUGUGGGUAAUGGUGGAAAUAGCGAUCAUAGGAUCUGACAUACAGGAAGUCAUCGGAACAGCUAUAGCCAUCAGCAUUUUGUCAAACGGAAAAGUACCUCUAUAUGCAGGGGUCCUUAUAACCAUCGUGGAUACAUUCACCUUCCUGCUGCUGGACCGGUACGGACUGAGGAAACUGGAGGCGUUUUUCUGCUUCCUCAUCACUAUCAUGUCCGUCAGCUUUGGUUACGAGUAUGUGGUAGCUAGCCCAGACCAGCCGAGCGUCCUGAAAGGUAUGUUCUUUCCUUACUGUGAGAACUGUGGCUCUGAUGAACUUCUACAAGGCAUUGGAAUAGUUGGAGCCAUCAUCAUGCCGCAUAACAUAUACCUACACUCUGCACUCGUCAAGUCGAGGGAUGUCAAUCGGAAACAGAAGGAAGCGGUCAGUGAGGCCAAUAUGUACUUCUUUAUUGAGGCGGCCAUUGCUUUGUUUGUUUCCUUCCUCAUCAAUCUCUUCGUCACGGCGGUAUUUGCUGAGGGCUUCUAUGGCAGAUCAUCAGAAGAUCUAUAUCAUAUCUGUACAAGCGCCAACAGUCCGCACGCAGAUUUAUUCAACGACUCUAACGUGGUUGCUGAUGUAGAUAUAUACAGAGGGGGGAUUUAUCUUGGUUGUAAAUACGGAAUAGCCGCCAUGUAUAUCUGGGCGAUUGGCAUAUUGGCGGCUGGUCAGAGCUCUACAAUGACUGGCACGUAUUCUGGUCAGUUUGCAAUGGAGGGAUUCCUAAAUCUUACGUGGAAAAGAUGGCAAAGAGUACUGUUCACGCGAUCCAUCGCCAUCUUACCAACUGUGUUCAUCGCAAUCUACAAAGGAAUACAAGAUUUGACUGGAAUGAAUAAUCUACUCAACGUUCUUAUGAGUCUACAAUUACCAUUCGCUCUUAUUCCCAUCCUCACCUUCACCAACUCCGAAAAACUCAUGGGCGAAUUUAAAAAUGGAUUAGUUACGAAGAUUCUUACUAGUGUAUUAUCCGUGGCUGUGAUAGUUAUCAACUUAUAUUUCGUGGCUGUGUACAUACCGGAUUUACCACGUCACUGGGCUAUGUACCUCCUCAUAGCAAUCAUCCUACUCUUCUAUGUGUUGUUUACAGCAUACUUGACGUGGUACUGCCUAAUAGGAAUGGGAUGGACAUGGUUAUUAAAAAUACCGUGUCCAAAAUUUCUUGAAUAUACAGACGAAUUCAGCAUCGAGAUUCUUGAUGAAGAGGAAGGCGAUGAUACAAUGAAUGACAUAUCAUAGUAAUUCAUAAACUGAUGUACACACACUGUCAACGAAAGUGUGUUCAAAGGGACACCGCAGAAUAUGGAUGAUCGCUCAACCAUGUCAGAGACCUCCAUACUGUAUUAAGACGUCUUGGAAAGUCAAUUAAUUAUCACAUCUUCAUGCACAGGGGCCUUGACUCAUUCAUAUGACACAGAAUGAAAAGUUAACCCCCAAGUUCAACCCGUAGAUCAUUGGGGCAUGAUGACACGUUCCUAUGACCCAGAAAGUAAAGUAAACAUCUAGAUUACAUAAAAUUAACCCUUGGGUCUGACUCCGAUCAGUGAUCUUGGGUUCGGACCAAGGGGUUAAUUUUUCAUUCAGGGUCAUAGGAACUUGUCAAGUCCCUGUGUCUUUACUUCAUUGGCAACAUGAACUCAAUCCCUGGAAUUUUGACGGGGACAAUUCUGUCUGGUGUGUAAUAAUUAACAAUAAACACAUAGUGGAAGUUCCGAUAUUUCAUGAAGUAAGUCAACAAGUCAUCAACACCGACAUAAAAUGAAAUUAUGUCGCUAAUGAAUUUUGUUUUUCUCUGGAGAAGUGAAACAAUUCUGCAAUGCAUGUACUCAGAAGAAACAUGCCAUCUUAUUAAUGUUUUCGUUGCAAUUCCAUGGUGCAAUUUGGCAUUACAAUGCAGUUGGAUUGUAAUCGAGCACUUGCUAUAUGUUUGUACAUAUAUUAAAUACAGGGUUACAUUUCA